GAGAGCCUGGAGCGGCGCGGACGGGAGGCGGCCGCGCUGCACACACACAACUGUGCGCUGCGGCUGGCGGCCGACCACGCGCUCGCCGAGCUGCAGAAAUUAGCGUCGCGUUGCGAUCGAAAGAUAUGUGCGGCGCGACUCGCUGUGUCCACGGCCGAGGAACGAGAGAGCACGCUGCGGAAACGAUUACCUCUAACUUAUUCAGUUCAAAAUGGCGAGGCGAAGAUGCUAGUUCUCAGUGUGGAUAGUAACAAAGUACUGGACUCAAAACGGGUGAGCUCGCUCGAAGACGCUAUUAGGGCGCUGCCUGACUACAUCAAAUUAUUGCUGCCACAACAUCUGCUAAACAAGAUUGGAUUGAAAGUAGUGACAGCUGAUGGAAAAUCCCCCAAGGAGGUCGACUUGAUAUUAAAUAAGAAUUGUAUAAAUAGCUCUGAAAAUAAUGAAAAACAAGACGAGGAGACGAGCGGAGGAGGCAGCGGCGAGAAGACAGAGGAAACUAAUUGUAGUGGUGAUGAAACUAACAAACUGAAUCACGGUACUUAUGAAGGUGACAAUCAAGUGGAAUCAUUGAAUCCGGUCGAUGGAGAAUUAUGUCCUGACAACAAUGCCAACUGCACCAUCACCGAGGCCGACAGCAAAGAAGAAUCGCCGAUGAAGGCCGGAGUGGAGUACGCCAACAUACUGCGCGUGAUGGCCGGUCUCAACGAGGAGAUCCGAGCGUUGCGGGAGCGAGUGACGGCCGCCAACAGCGAGCUGGACCAGCUGAGGCACGUGCGGGACGAGCUGCUGGCGGCGCGGGACGCGGCGCCCGACGAGCACGUGGCCGGGCUGCGGGCCGCGCUCGGGGACCUGCAGGCUCAACUGACGCGGUCGACGGUGUCGGAGGAGGCCAACCUGGCGGAGAUCAAGCGGCUGGCGACCAGCGCCGCCGAGAUGCAGGCCGAGCUGGCCUUCCGACCCUCGCGCGCCGACGUCGACGAUCUCACCGCCGUCGUCGGCAGUCUGCGCGCCGACCUGCUGGCCAAGGACGCGCUGCUGGAGCGGCUCCUGGCGCGGGACUCGGAGCGCGCCGGGGUCGACAAGGCCGUGGAGACCGCGCCGCCGGACGAGAGCAUGGAUACCGGACACAUCACCGCGCAGAUAGACGAAAUGUUCCACCUCGACUACGACGACGACGAGAGCGACUCGACGGCGAUCGAGACGAACGACGCCGAGCCGGCGGCCGAGCGCGCGCGGCUCGACGACGACGAACGAGUGCAGGCGCACCUGCGGAACGGGAGCCUGCUGGCGCUGCAGGAGGAGCUGGUGCGGGCCAAGGAGGGCUGGGCCGCCGCCGCCGACGAGCGCGCGCGGCUCGACGACGACGAACGAGUGCAGGCGCACCUGCGGAACGGGAGCCUGCUGGCGCUGCAGGAGGAGCUGGUGCGGGCCAAGGAGGGCUGGGCCGCCGCCGCCGACGAGCGCGCGCGGCUCGACGACGACGAACGAGUGCAGGCGCACCUGCGGAACGGGAGCCUGCUGGCGCUGCAGGAGGAGCUGGUGCGGGCCAAGGAGGGCUGGGCCGCCGCCGCCGACGAGCGCGCGCGGCUCGACGACGACGAACGAGUGCAGGCGCACCUGCGGAACGGGAGCCUGCUGGCGCUGCAGGAGGAGCUGGUGCGGGCCAAGGAGGGCUGGGCCGCCGCCGCCGACGAGCGCGCGCGGCUCGACGACGACGAACGAGUGCAGGCGCACCUGCGGAACGGGAGCCUGCUGGCGCUGCAGGAGGAGCUGGUGCGGGCCAAGGAGGGCUGGGCCGCCGCCGCCGACGAGCGCGCGCGGCUCGACGACGACGAACGAGUGCAGGCGCACCUGCGGAACGGGAGCCUGCUGGCGCUGCAGGAGGAGCUGGUGCGGGCCAAGGAGGGCUGGGCCGCCGCCGCCGACGAGCGCGCGCGGCUCGACGACGACGAACGAGUGCAGGCGCACCUGCGGAACGGGAGCCUGCUGGCGCUGCAGGAGGAGCUGGUGCGGGCCAAGGAGGGCUGGGCCGCCGCCGCCGACGAGCGCGCGCGGCUGGCGGCGCGGCUGGCCCGGCUCCAGGCGGCGCCCCGGCCCUGCGCGCGGGCGGCGCUGGCGCUGGCCGUGCUGCUGGCCGCGCUGUACGUGGCGCUGGCGCCGCACCUGGCGUGA